AUUGAUAACUACUUUAAAGGCCGAAAGAGGUUUAGCGUCAGCUUACAGGCGACCGAUCGUUUUUCAGUUAACAUAUUUUUCUAUAAUAGCCAAUAGGUACUCGUUGGUUUGGAUGGUAUCCAUCGACUCAAGUUUCACGUACCGAUUUUUAAACAAUCAAUUAUUUGAAACAGGAUUUGCUCGGUUGUCUCCCGUAGUUGGGCCGGCGUCGCCGUCGAACUACGCCAACGGUCGUCUGUUCUCUUCUCUGUAAAGUGUUAUCCGUUGUCCAAACGCUUCGAUCAUGUACGUCCUCGUUAAGCCAGGCAUGUCGUCCAAGUCACGGUGUUCGAAUGCAACCAGUCAAACCCAACAGCAAUCGAGCACUAGCAGACAGCAACAGCAGACGGUACAGGAACCGGUUCUAAACGAUGGCGGACUGUUCAGUCCAAUGUCGAUUGACAAUUCGGUUUCCGCUGUUGUAGGCGAGUACCUGGAAAAUAGGAAUAUUGAUAGUUCGUACAUAACAAACCCAAGUGUAGUCACCAAAAGUGCAGUUGAAUAUUUGAAUAUGCUGAUUGUUCAACAUAAUUUUAAAACAUUGGAGUCUUGUGAUGAUCAAACUUGUAUUCAGGAUGCUCAAGACCAGGUGUCUGAAUUUGAAAGCUGGAGUCGUACUAUCAAAAAUGAAGCUUAUAAAAAAGAACUUCAACGCAUGAAAAUACCGUUAUAUAGUCAUUUAUAUUUAAAUAUUCACUCUAUAUUUGGCCAUAAACAUGUAAAAGACUUUUUUCAACCAUAUGAAUAUUUAUUUGAAAGUGCCAAAAAAACUUUAUUUCUACAAGAUUUGCAAAAAUCGUACGACAUGGAUGAUAUUUCUAAUUUAACGUGUAUUACUAAAUUCAGGCAGAAUAAGUAUAUAAUUGAGACAAACAGUGAAUUUCAUGCAUGUUUAAUGCGUUUUCUUGACAGUCGACAUUUGUUAAAACAUGUUGUAGAAAACUGGUUUGAUAUUAUUUUUCCUAUUGACGAUCCAAUAAAAGUGGUUAAAGAUUAUUUUGAAACAAACACCGAAAAGUCAUCAGUUAAUGAGACAAAAAAACUAGACGAAUCUGAAACUAAUAAUUUUUCUAAUAUAGGAAAAGAUGAGAAUAAUGAAAAAUGUAUAUCUACAAACAAAAUUAAAAAUUUGGAAAAAUGUAGAUCAAGUAAAGGUGGUUUGCAUAAUACACAAAAUGAUAUUACAAACAGUAACAUUAGCAAGAACACCAAAAACUCCAAUAAUACAGCUGUUUAUAAUAAUUUAACAACCAUAAAAAGAUUCAAUCCACGAACAGAUAAAAUUUCAACUACAGAAGAUCACCAACAACCUCAUUGUAGCAAAAGUCUCAUUCCACCAAGCAUCAGUACAACUAAAAAAGAUAUAAAAAAAGGAAAAAAGAAAACAAUGCUGUAUCAAAACUCUACAACCGAUAACUCUUCGAAAAAACCAAAUUUAAAGAAUGCAACAAUUAGCAAAGAAAAACAAAUUUCGAGGUCCAAGAAACGUCGUUGUGAAAGCCCUCAAAGCUCUACACCAUUGUCAUCUGAAGAAAAAGAAGUAACAAAUAGUAAAGAAAACUCUCGAUUUAAAAGACACAUAAGCUCACAAAUUUUAAAAUCGGCCAACAAACUGCAUAACGAUUUGAGAACAAAGAAAAUUUCAAGCAAAAUUACUAACAAAGUCAAAUCAAUGCAAAGGAGUAGCAGAAUAAGUAUAAUUUUUGGAAAAAAUGGGAAUACUUCAAAACUACAUAAACGCUUAAUGCCCUCAAGAAAACAUCGAAUGAAGAAGAAGAAACUUUCAAAAGCCAAACAAAACAAAGAACAAAGUGAGAAGAGCAGAAAGAAUCCAGUUAAAGUUAAAAAAGAAUCAAAGCAGUAUUCUGAAGAUUCAACGAGUGAUUCAAUUAGUGAGUCGACAUGUGAUUCGCCAAAUAAUUCAGUCUGUGAUUCAAGUGACUAUAACUCGGAAGACAAUCCAUAUGUAAACUUUGUAAAUAAUAAGUUUAGUAGAUGUUCACGAUUGCGGAAUAAAUUUCCGUGCUAUAUCGAGGAAUUGCAUAAAACCAAAAUUGAAGUAAAAAAUAUCGAUGAUGACAUACAUCUAACUAAUCUCAGACAAAUUCUUUUAAAAGACGUUGACAAAUGUACUUGCGCUAUUAUUUCUGACGAUCAAAGUUAUGUAAUCGCUGGUACUGAAAAUAGCAAAAUUUACUUGUGGAAAAGAUACAACAAUCUAAAGAAGCAUAAAUCGUCUAUUUUUGACAUGUAUGAAGCAAAUUCAAAAAAUUCAUACAGUUCUUCCACAAACCGACGAGUUAAUAAAAAAUGUCUCAAAGAAACGUAUGAUGUUAAAAAAGCUAAAGUGUUAUGUGGUCAUGGAGGGUCAAUAUUUGGUUUAGUUCAAUUGCCAGAUACAAAUGAAUUUAUUUCAGUUUCUAAAGAUCAGACAAUGAAACUUUGGGAUAUGAAAACUGGCGAUUGCAUAACUACAAUAAACCAAGAUCACGUGUCAAGUUGUGUGACUGUUUCUUCGUAUAGCUCACAAAUAGCUACUGGAGCAACAGACUCUAAUGGCUAUCUAUGGAGUCUGGCGUUCGACGAUCCAUUAAGAAUAUAUUUUGGCCACAGAGAUCAUGUUUUGAGUAUAAAAUUUCAUCCCAAUGAAAUAUAUUUGGCAACAGGAUCAACCGACCUCACAGUACGGCUUUAUCACAUAAUAAGCGCACGGUGCGUCAGAGUUUUUCAAGGACAUCGUGAUCAUGUUAUAUGUUUACAAUUUCAUGCGUUAGAUCCUUACAUUCUGGCGUCAGCUGAUUUAGAAGGUGGUGUAAUAAUAUGGGAUUUGUUGUCUGGUUUGAAAAAGUGGAGUAUUUGGUUCGGUACGGUCGGUACCACUGUGAUAAACGAAAUGCAGUGGUUAACUACCAAGGUGCUACUGGUGGCUUUGGACUGUGGACUUAUUUUAAAAUGUGAUACCAAUAGGUGUUACAAGGACAAAAUAAAAAAUGUACCUGCAUUCAAAACCAGUUUUGAUAAACAAAUGAACUUGAUGUUAGUAAAUGAUCAGUACAUAUCAAUUGGUGUAUCGGGUUUAAAAUACCAAAGGUCAUUUACUAAAAUAAAAGAGACUUUACAAAAAACGGACGACCCAUCUAUGAGUGACUUGCAAUUUCCUGAUACAUUGACAUCACCUAAUUUAAUACUUCCAUCCCUCCAUCUGAAACCAACACAGCCACCAAAUGUACACCAAUUGAUUACUCAACCAAUGGGCUUUACUACAACUAUUCCCAAACAACAACAUCAGGCUCCUCCGCUUAAUUUGAUGAGACCACCCAGUAAUGUUAAAUCUAAAUUUAGCGGUCUUCAACAGCCUUCUAAAACAAAUGUGCAAAAUACAGGAGUAUUGCAAAAUUCACAAGUACAGAAAAAACCUCCCCAAAUAGUCAACCAAGCAAAUCCACAAUUUAUAAAUAUACAACAGGUUUGUCAACCACAAUAUCGAUUAGCUGUUCCGCAAACGCGGCAAGUAAAUGUUUCAUCACAGCCGUCGCAAACCAUAUUAGUUUCACAACAUUCUCUAUCACCCAACGGGUCGAAUAAAAAUGUCGAACAAGUAAACGUUGUACCAAUACAGACUCCAACAAAUAAAGUUCAGCUCGUUUCUACACGUGUACAGCCGACAAAUAUGAAUUUCCAACAACACCCUACAAAUAUACAUGCAUUACAAUCGUGUUCAAUAGGGAGUGUUAACAAUCCACAGCAGUCUUAUUAUAAAACGGUGCCAAUUAGUAGCACAACACAAAUAUACAACACUCAAAAACCACAAACACACGGUAUUCAUCAUCCACGUCUACAACAAACCGGCCACUAUUUGAAAAGUGUACCUCGGCAUGCAGCGAUACUAUUGCCGAACAAUCAACUAGUGUAUACUACGAACCCUGAGGAUACACGAUUUCACGCGGUGACAACGAACUUUCAACGAAAUCAUCCUAACAUUUUUUUUCAAGAUCAGAUACCACAUAGUAGUGAUGCAAAUAGAGCACAGUAUAUAUCGGUUGUAACUUCGACUCGUACGUCUGCCACCAAUACGGUUUCUCCUUCAAUUUCCUCGUCUACACCCGAUACGACUGGCGUGCAAACACCACAACUAUGGCCACAAUAAAAAAAAAACUUAAAUUUUUUUUUUUAGUUGGAGGUCUCUAAAACAUAGCGUAUAUUUGAAUAACAAUGAAUUUUUAAAAAAACUUUAUAUUUUUGUGAAUGUUAGUUAACAUGUGUUUAUAUAAUUUUUUAAUGUAAAACUAACUUACCAUUGCUAUUAAUUUAAGGCUAAGUAUUUAAACAUCAUUGUCAUAUUUUAAUUUGUGAAAAAACUGAA